AUGGAACAUGGAAAUCUGUGGUGGGGAACCCUAAAAAAGCUUACUAGGAGUUCAGGGAAAGGGCUCUGUUGUGUGUGGAGAAUGAGUGCUUUACAUGUCGAUGAAUGAGAGAGAGAGAGAGAGAGAGAGAGAGAGAGAGAGAGAUAAUAACUUGUGAUUUAUGUUGGUGUAACCAACCUGGCAGCCGUGGUCUCGAGGCCAACUCGGCUCGGUUCGGGUUCGGACGACGGGGAUCUCCCGGGACGUCCCUCGAGCCCGCGAGGUUGGUCCGAUGCGAUGGUCCGAUCGGGACGGGGUCACCGUUUCCUCCGGGCAGGGACUCGUCAUCCGCGCAUCUGGCGGGGACCCUCGGCUUCGCACCUGCACAAAGGUCGGGUCGGGAAGCUCGACCCGACCCCUCCAACGAUCAAGUUAGACGAUGUGAAGGGGGUUUCAGGAGAAGAAGUGUUUUGGUGUGUGUUCUCCCUUUUUCGUUCGGAAUGUGAGGGUAUUUAUAGGGAAGCUUACUGUUGUUUGAUGUGCCCGUCUGUAGGAGGCAGGCUGGUAGCAUCUGACAUGGGCGUUGACGUGACGUGAAGAACCGCGCCUGAGUAGGCAUUAAUACGCCUCGGUCGGUAUUCUAGUUCGGUUGACCGAGUAUAGUCGCGUCGAUCGAGACGUGAGGCUGACAUCAGCCGAGUCUUAUCAUAACUAUAAGAGACUUAAAACAUUAUAUUUUACAUUAAUCAUCCACAGAUUUUACGUUUAGGACGGUUCCAUGCAUUGGGUUUAUCCGUACGGCUCGGUCUGAAUUAUGUGGGCCGUUGGGGGCCUCAAUUCCGGUCCGGUCCAUAUGACACCGAACCAACCACCAAACAUAAACGAGGGUUCCUUCGAUCGAUCGCAACCGGAGUGCAGCAGCGGCAUGGCCGGCGACGACCAGGCGGAGGACGCGAGGAGGGAGGCAGCAUUGGCCUGUACGCCGCUCUUCCAACCCAACUUCAGGCCUUCCAAGGCCACGCAAGCACAGCUCGACAAGCUCAAGGAAUUACACAAGAAGCGCUUGCAACUCAAAGAAAAAGAAGAGGUGAAAAGAUUGAAAGGGAGCUCUCAGCGGCGCGGAAAGAUACGUGAGGAGGACACUGAUGUCAAGAAUAGCACAAAUUCUUCAGCAAGUAGUGCUGAUGGCAGUUCAAGUGUUUCUCCAUUAGAGCAAAGGUCUUGUUUGGAUCAGAGAGCUCCCACUUUGGUGUCAAAUAAAAGAAGAAAGUUACACUGGGGCCUUGAUGCAAAGGAAAGAUGGGAAAGAAAGGCAAAUAUGUGACGAAGACACUUCAGAAACAGGUUUGAAGGCUCUGGUCAGGUUGAUAACGACCAAUAACAAUUGCCUCAUGAUUCAAGGAUGACAUGUUCUGUCAUGGAAAUUGGAGGAACAUGGAACCUGCUUGCUUCCUAUAUAUUUUGUUGCCGCCAAUAGAUAAAGAAGAUGGAUGAGCUCAUGAGCUAUUACUUUGUUAUUUUAAUUUUUAUCUAUUUUUGUUGUUUCUUUUUGUGUUUUAUUACCAGAUAAUGUGGGUGCAUUUUCUUUAUGCUCAAAACAAAAGGAACCAUGUCAGUCAUGAUGCUAGACAUAAUUUUGUAUACAACCUUGCUCUGUCUGCUUUAGACAAAUCAGAAAUCUCAUUCUUCUCUGCUGUUCCGAUAUAAAUUCAUGGGUAAUAAAAGAUUCGGGUGCCAUCAAAGUGAACAUAAUUUAGUUACAAGAAGCUGGGAUAUGCUUGCCAGCAUGAUUAUGAUGAUUCUGAUGGUUUUAGUUUAGUUAGAACUGUUCAUCCUAAAGCGAAGUUGAAAAUUGCUAGUCUGAGAAGAUAUCUUCAGUGUAGUUACAUGUCAUUGCAGGAUCCAUUUAAACUUUUGUUAGGUGAAGUUAAAGCCAUAUACAUCUCUAGGAACUUCUUAAAGAUAGCUUGAAUGAUUCAGAUCAGAGUACUUGUAAUAUUUUGCUACAGGAGGAGAUAUAUCUAAAUGUUUCUUUUUCUUUCUUUUGUCUUACAUCAUAAGGUUAGCCAAGCUAGUAUGAGGUGCUUGUAGAGUGUAACAUCAUGCCACCAAAAGGAUUUAGGGUCCACAAGGACCACAUUAGGCUGCAUAUGAUAGAAGCUGCAUGACAUGUAUUCAAAAUUUUUUGUUGGAACUGACCUGUAUGUGGCAUGACUCACAAAUUCCCACUUGUAUACAGCAGCUGCAAAUGCUGUAGGCAGCAUGCUUAAUGUUGUAUGUCCCUUGUGUGUGUCAUGAGCAAAAGAAAACUUUUGUGAUAUGAAGCAAGCAUGUGAUGUCAGGAAAUUAUCUGCAUGUUACUGAGACAUGCUGCCUUAUGUUUGGCAUGGAUGACAGAUAUCUUCUCUUAUCAUGUUAAUAGGCUGUCAUUUAUCUGUUAAAUCUAAUAUUGAUGUGCAGUGGUUUUGAAUUUAAUAUUUAUGUAGUAAUUAUGUUAUUCUAAUGAUAGUCAAAACUAAGCAACCGAAUUCUGUUGACACUACAUUAAUUUCAGUUUAUCUGUAGAGUGAGCCUUGAUGUCUAGAUUAAAAUAUCUUUUUUCUGGGGCUUUUGUGAUAUCUUUCUGUUU